AUGACUCAAUUCGAGAACAACAACGCGUACUUCGCGUCCCCGUUCGUCCGGAAUUGGCUCCUGCGAGCAAUCGCGAAUGAAGAUAAUGAUCAAAUCUCGUGCGAAAUCGCGCACGAAUUCGACGACGUUUCUUUCCGCUGCGAAUUGCAUUCGUCGACCUAUUCCUCGAAGGAUGACGUGAAGAGCACUCUCAUCGCGCUCGUGUCCGUCGCGUUUCCAAAAAGCAACGAUGAAAAGAGUAACAACGAAAGAGUGACGACGAGGGAAAAAUUCCUCUCCUUAUCAUCGAGCGGCGCGUUCGAGCGCGGUCGAGCUCUCGGAAUCAUCCGGAAAGUGCGCGUUUUAGGGGGAAGUGAUGAUGCUGAGGAGGAGGAGGAAGAACAGGCGGAAUUCGGGUACGACGCGACCGUGGAGGUGGAUUUGAAGAAACUGAACGAAGCCGAGGAGAAGGAAGAGAUGAUCGAUUUAAUAUCGAGUGUGAGAGUGUACGCCGGGUACGGGACGUUGCGAGCGUGUUUGCGGCGAUUGGUGGUGGAGGAGGAGGAAGAGGAAGAGGAGGCGAAGGCGAAGCGUCGUUCGUUUUCGCUGCGACGGCAAUUCGCGUCGCCGUCGGUGUCGAUGUAUUGUAAAGUGGAGGAAGAUGACACUUUGAAGGAAGGUGCGGAGGAAAGGAGAUCGUGUACGGUUGUGUUUCCGAUGCACGUUUCUUCGUCGCUGUCGAAUAACGAGGACGAGGUGGUGAUUGCGAGGGCGUUUUUGGCGCACUUCGCCGAGGCGUCGAGGAAUAGCGCAAAGUUGAGCGCGGCGCCGUUCGUGAGUUAUCAUAAACCAGGGCAGAAGCCGCCGUUGGAGUUGACGACGAGCGUCGAUGCGACAACGCGAGAUGGUGACGAGGUCGAUGAGAUGGAUUUGAACGCGAAUGGUGGGUAUGUUUCCUUCGUGAUAUUUCCGAGACACGUGAAGACGAAAGAGUCUCUGGAAAGAGCCGUGUGGAUGUUGGCGAGUUUCCCGAACUUUAUCAAGUCUCAUUUGAAGUGUUCGAAAGGAUAUUGGCACGAGAAGAUGCGAGGGAAAGCGGAGGAACUUUUAGAAACGUUAAAGAGGGCACAGAAAGAGCCUAAAAUGAGCGCUAAGAAGAAGUUGAUCAGCGGGAGGACGUACGUGCCGAGGUGA